UACUGUAUUGUGGCAUGGAUAAGUUGUCGACCAAGGAGCUGCGCCAUUCCUUGGACUGGCUGCUACAGCUAGCGCUAUGUCCUGUAUGCCACGAGACACUGACGCCGGCUGUAGUGCAGUGUGUGCGGGGACAUCCAGUGUGCGCCGGCUGUCACGAUGCGCUGCCCAGAGCACAACAGAAAUGUCCCCAGUGUCGAGGAGACUUCAGCGACAACCAGUCUGUGUUCAUCCAACAAGUCAUCGAGUCAUUGCCUCACCCUUGCAGGCAUCAAGGCUGCAAUUACUUUGUCAAAACCAAAGACGACCAUGAGAAGUUUUGCCCCUACAAAUGCACCAGCUGCCGCUACUGUGACUGGACAGGGCCUUCAAACUCUAUCCUCGCUCAUCUUUCAGACGCUCAUGGGAAGUGGGUGAAUAUGUUUCUGGCACCAGAAUCCAUGGGUGAACUCGGAAUGGGAUUUAACCCAAUGGAGGAAGUAUCCGUCUUCACUCCAAUCAUAGCCGACGGUCAUUUCUUUUGGGGAGAGAUGAAAAACGAACCGGAAGCUGGGAAGUUGACAGCAAUAUUCCACCCUUUGCCUUCAGGGAAGACAACGUCUGUGUUCAGAGCCUCGGUGAAAUUAAACCGUUCAGGAUCUUAUCGGGCAGAUGUGAAGAUAAACAUGGACCCUGAGGCAAACGCAUCUGUAGAAAACUGUAUCUCUAUCCCGACAUCAAUCCUACACAAGUUUACUUCUCACAACAGGUUUGAGUACAGAAUCACCGUUACCAAGAUGAAGCUGGAAUCUAUGUACGGCUUUGUGCAGUCAACUUUGGAGAUCUUCAAAAAAUAGGUAGUUGGUGAGAGUGCUUCAGUGCUUCCAAGGUCAAAAGAA